AUGUCCGGAACAAAUACUUCAGAGGCAGAAGCCGAAAACCGCAUCAAGGAUUACAAGAUCGCGCAGCUCGCCCUAAGAUUAGAAGGUACAAGCAUAUCCUCUCGUCAUUUCGACUCUCUAGAUCCAGAUCUAUGGGGCGAACCUGUCAAUAAAUUGUCAUCCGCAGUAGCGCUUACAACCUAUGCUGUCAAGCUUCUCACAGAUUGGGAAGAAUACAAAGAACAUGGCGAAGAUCUCUUCCUGCUUUUUAAGGAAGAGUUUGCGGACUGGACAUCAGAUAUGUUCGGUAAAAUCAAAAGCGGUGUCUAUACCGGCAAGAAGACAAUACCAAUCGGUAUUGCAAUGGUAACUCUUCUGAACUGCGAAGAACUUCCAGAGUGGCCUCAAAUAAAGGAGAUAGACCUACCAGACCAAGGUCAACAGUUUCAACAGCAAAAGGUUGCACCAAAGCAAACUGGCUAUCAGUCAGAAGAAGGCCAGGCUCUCAAUUCAAUGUUGCCAACUCUAAAACAACAAUCACAACCUCCCUUCCGACCCAUUCGUUCACAGUCUCCUUACCCUUGGGAGAAUGAUCAACCACGACCAGCACCAGGUACUUUAUACCCUCAGAGACCAGCUGUCAGAGCUGUAGUAGAUUACAAAACCUUUGAUGAUUAUAAUGACCUCCCACCACGCGACGUUCAAAAUGAAAGAGUCGAUGCCAACACACAAACAUCUUUCAUCAAGCUAUGGAAUCGUAACCAAAAUUACACUGGAGAAGCGUAUGAUUUGCUGGACAACAAAGUUCGAUACUUCUUACGAAUUUGUUACAAUCUUAGCAUCCCAGUCCAGUAUUUCCAUGGUUUGUUUUCACACAUUCUGGAUGGUGAGGCUCAAGCUUUCUAUUUAAGCUACGUGCCAAAAGACGACACCUUUUAUAAUCAAUAUACUAAGAUGAAGUAUCAUUUCGACACGGAAAUUAAUCACCAUCAAUACUACACUGACUGGACAAAUAUUACGUUCGCAAACUUCCGUAGUAAGACUCCAGAUAAGCCCUUACAAGAAGUCCUCGACGCGUUCUUGAAGAAGAAACAACUCUGUCAGCGAGCCCUAGGUGAAAUGUACAUUGGAGAAAGCUUGCUACGAACACAGAUUAUAACCAAUUGUAAAGGUGUUCCAGAACUGGAAGUAGCAUUAUUCAAUCCUGGAAAAAGUUGUGAGGAGUUGUUUUCACAACUUCGAUCCGCCAUAGAAAUCUACAGUAAUCGCAGUCCAAAUCAAUUUACACAGUACAACAAUGAGUUUAUGGGUGAUAAUCAAUUUUUCCUUGACCGCCGAUACACCCAUAAUCGCCUGCAUCGCGGUAAAUACGGAACUCGAAUUGGAAAUGGUAAUAGCUUUCAAGGUGGUAAUUGCGGUAAUCCUUCAGGUGAUUCAAGACAGCAGCAGCGCCAGCUACGUUGGAAGAAGAAAUGCUUUGUAUGCGGUAAAGAAGGUUGUUGGUCAACAAAACACCCUAAGGAAGAUCGUAACCGCGCAAAAUCACAGUACAUGUCCCACUGUAUAUAUAGUGAUAGCCAACCACCAAUAGACUUUGCUAUCUAUCUUGCUGGGUAUGAAGGAAUCGGUGAUGAGACAGAAGUAGUUGACAAAAUUGAUUAUUCCGAAGAAAACAACCUUACAGCCGAAGAUCAUGAUAGUUUUCAUCAGGUCUGUUGA